AUGGUGUCUUCAUCUCAUGUUAACAGUUUAACUGCCUUUUAUUCUCUUUUAAAAUUGGAAUUUUGGUGGAGCCGGAGCCUCCGCAGCAGCAAUAGCAGCAGCAAUAGCAGCAGCCCGGCCGCGGCCACCGCCGGCGUCGCCGCCAUUAGACAAGAGCCGCGGGGCGCGGGGAGCGGGCGAGGCUGCGCGCGGGAGGCGGCGGCGGCCCCGGGAGCUGCCGAUCGGCGCCGGGACGAAGGCGCGGCCGCCCGGCGCCCGGAGCAGCCCGAGCCGGGGCGCACAGCCGGGGCACAGCCCGCGCCCCCCGCCGCGACUGACGUGCUGUUUCCACAAAGCAGGCAUUCGGGCUGGUCGCACCUACCCCCGCAACUGAAAUUCACCGCCUCCGACUCCUGCGACCGCAUCAAAGAUGAAUUUCAUCUGCUGCAGGCUCAGCAUCACAGCCUGAAGCUCCAAUGCGACAAGCUGGCCAGCCAGAAGUCGGAGAUGCAGCGUCACUAUGUGAUGUACUGUGAGAUGUCCUACGGCCUAAACAUGGUGAUGCACAAGCAGGCUGAAAUCGUCAAGAGGCUGAAUGGGAUUUGUGCCCAGGUCCUGCCCUUCCUCUCCCAAGAGCACCAGCAGCAGGUCUUGGGAGCCCUCGAGAGAACUAAGCAGGUCACUGCUCCUGAGCUGAACUCCAUCAUCCGACAGCAGCUCCGAGCCCACCAGUUGUCCCAGCUUCAGGCUCUGGCCCUGCCACUGACCCCCCUGCCCGUGGGGCUGCAGCCCCCUUCGCUGCCGGCGGUCAGUGCGGGCACCGGCCUCCUCUCGCUGUCAGUGCUGGGCUCCCAGGCCCACCUCUCCAAGGAAGACAAGAACAGCCACGACGGUGAUGCCCACCAGGAGGAUGACAGCAAGAAGUCGGAUUAGCAGGUGAAGUCUGUUCUUACACAGUGUAGAACAUGGAUGGUGAUUAAAGACCCCAUGCUUCCAGAUCUUCAGUUUUAAAGGAUGACUAGGCUGCUGCAAUAACGUAUGUGAAUUAUUCCUGAGAAUAACCAUGUAUAAAUAUGGGUAAGCAACUGCUUGUAUUCUGUUAUUUGAGGCAUAUUCUCAGGUUUAUUGUGCUAUGGUAUCAUCUUUUUAACCAACUUAAUGUUUCUUCUGUUAUUAUGAUUCCCUUUGGUAACAACAGACACUUCUUCCUGUGGCUGCCCAGUAUCACUUUUUCCUGGACAGAAAAUCAGAAAAUGAGAAACGGAGCUAGGUGAGAUAAAGGGAGGAGGAGACAGAUUGUUCUGGCUGUUGAGUGAUGAGGUAAGAGAGAAGAGAUAAGAUAAGAAGUAGAAACUGAGAGUGAGUUGAAGGAAAGAGAAAGGAGGUGAAACACGUAAAAUGGACAAGUUAGGCAGGAGUGGUGGUGAGCUACAGUGCAGUGUUUUAAGUUUUGAACUAAUAAAUAGUUGAAGACCAUAAAUAUAAAGCGUUUUUUUCUUUUUUCUUUUUUAUUGAAACAUAAUUGUACAUAUCUGCGGGGUACAGAGUUGAAUAUUAAUACUUGUGUGCAGUAUGUGAUGCUCAAGUCAGGAUAAUUAGUAUAUUCAGCAUUAUUCAAUGCUAGGAUAUUAUUUUCUAGUUAGGAAUUAUUUCUCAAGACAGAAGUAUAGAAGGGGAUGGCAUUAUAAAACACGUGACCUGAUAUGGGAAUGUCCUGGGUGAGGGGAGGUAGUUUAUGUGAGGAGAAAGAAAGAGUCAGAAAUAACCUCUCAUUGUGGCUAAUGCAUUAUCUCCAUUCACAUGGCCUAAUUUCUGCAACUAUUUCUCAGCAUUUUUUGUCUAUUGCCUUACAAUAAUGAAUACUAAUGACAGCUAAUACUAAUAUAAGGUUUCUGAUGUGGUGGGCCCUGUUCUCACCAAUGCAUAUAUGUAUGUGUGUGUAUAAUCUCCACUCAUCCUAGCAACAUCCCGCAAGGUGGCUGCUAUUGUUAUCAUUACUUUACGGAGGAAAAAAACUGAGGCACUGAGUGUUAAGUAAACUGAGAGAGAUGAUGGGAAGCUAGUGAGUGGCAGCGCGUGACAUGUCUAUGUGAAGUCUGGCUGCACAACCCAGCCUCUUAACUACCAUACCAUGAAUUUUCUAAGAAUUCACUGAUGAUAUAGUUAUAUGCUGCCUAAGGUUUUAAAGUUUAAAUCACGAUCUCCCAGCUCUUCUAUUGUUUUAAUUUUGUAGGACUUGUAGAACAACCUUAAACUGGAAUUAAUUGCUCACUUUCUUAGAGGAUAACCUGGUGU